AGCGGCGUUAAUGACCUGGAGUGGAUCGGGAGCGGCGCUCCCAGUCCAGAGGCGCUUCUUGGUAGCCCGAGACCCCUGCCCGGCGCUGGCCAUGGCGCGUGUGGCGGCUUGGGGGGCCCUACUGGUGCCACUGGUGCUGCUGGCAGCGGCCCCGGCUGCGGGCGCGGAGCUCUCGGGGGUGUUUCAGGAGAUGGCUAAGUCCGAGUGUCACUUCCUGAAUGGCACCGAGAGGGUGCGGUUCGUCGAGCGGCACAUUUACAACCGGGAGCAGUACGCGCACUUCGACAGCGAUGUGGGGCUGUACGUGGGGGACACCCCCUUUGGGGAGAUGAAUGCCAAGUACUGGAACAGCAAACCUGAAAUCCUGGAGCACGCUCGAACUGCAGUGGACUGGUACUGCCGGCACAACUACCGGGCUCACACCCCGUUCAGCGUGCAGCGCCGAGAGCCCCCCAGCGUUUCCAUCUCGCUGGUGCCCUCGAGCUCCCAGCCCGGGCCCGGCCGCCUGCUCUGCUCCGUGAUGGAUUUCUACCCUGCCGAGAUC